AUGUCAAAACGAGGCAAAACUGUCCAGCAGCUGCCUCUCGAGACCGCCUGCAUUGAGCUGCAGAGGGCAGUCUACGAAAUUUCGCACAACUCGAGAAAACGCUUGGGGGAGAAUCUCCAGAAGUUCGUCGCUCUUCAAGGUAUCCUAGAGGCCGAACUUCAACUAUGCAUGAUGACUGUCCAGAUCAAUAGCCUCGAUUACGUGAGAAAUAACGUCAUUGCCUUGAACUCCGUUGCAAGUAGCAGCCAGAAGCAGGCAGAAGAGAUGCGACAACCGGACGAGGAGUCAGUCAACGUCUCCCAUGGAACUGAGGGCCUUCGACCGAAACCACAUGUCGAAGUUGCCCCCGAGGAGAUGCUGGGAAACUUCUGGGCUAAGAAUAGCCAUUUAUCCCAGGAACAAGAACGUUCUACUGAGGGAGCAGGUAGUAGAGAUGGAGUAAGCGAGAGUGGUGAUGAGAUUGUCCCCUAA